AUACACAACAAUCUUCUUCAUUACUUUUGCGCCGCGUUGUCUCUCUCAAAAAUUCCCUCUUACCUCUCCAUCAAUUUCCUCCAAAGCAAGUAUUCAAUCUUAAUCCGAAAUUGGUUUCGCCAUCUCUCAGUGGUGAAACGUUUUGAGGAUUCUGUUGAAGAUCCUCUAGGAAAUGGAAUGCAACAAGGAUGAAGCGAAAAGAGCAAUGGAUAUUGCUGAGAGGAAGGUCACAGAAAAGGAUUACGAUGGUGCUAAAAAAUUCGCUAACAAAGCUCAGAACUUGUAUCCCCAGCUAGAUGGUUUGAAACAGUUGUUGAUGACUGUUGAUGUUUAUAUCUCUGGAGAGAAACAAAUAAACGGAGAGGCUGAUUGGUAUGGUAUCCUUGGUGUUGAUCCUUUGGCUGAUGAUGAAGCAGUGAGAAAACAGUAUCGGAAAUUAGCUCUUUUGCUCCAUCCAGAUAAAAAUAAGUGUAAAGGUGCAGAAGGUGCGUUUAAGCUGCUUUCUGAAGCUUGGAGUAUACUAUCUGACAAGGUUAGGAGGUUCUCAUAUAACAUAAAGAGGCUUAAAGAAGCUCAACAAAGAUUCACAACAACACAGAGUGGGAUUCCACCAAGGUCUUACGGGUUUCAAAAUGUAAAAGAGUUUGUGGUUUCGAAUGCUAGGGCUAGAACUAAGCCUUCUGCUCGUAUGGAUAGAUCCCGCACGGAUCCGCCUGCUUCGGUUCAGAAGGAGAGUAGUACGUUUUGGACAAUGUGUAACAGGUGCAAGACGCAAUAUGAGUACUUGAGAGUUUAUCUUAACCAGACUUUGCUUUGUCCAAACUGUCGUGAGGGUUUCAUUGCAGCUGAGAAAACUGCGCCUGCAAGUGUUCCGAAGCCAGCCAACCAACAGCAACGGAGUUCCAAAAAUCAAGCUGCAACCAAAAACUCGUCUGGUGCUUCAACGGGGAGAGAGUCUAAACCAUCUGUUAGCCAUGGUUUUCGGUGCGAAUCUUUGUCAAGGAUGGACGGUUCUAAUAGCCGAAACGUCACAAAUCAAGCUACGAAUGUAGUUCAGCAAGCACGAGAUGGAUUGAAAAGAGAGUUUGGGGAGUCGCAAGAAAGGGAUACUGCUAGAGGAUUCACAAACUCGGAUCUGAGGAAUCUUAAAAGGUCAAAGACCGAUGAUUCCCAUAUGUUUGGUCCAUUUAAUCCUCCCAAAGGAAAUCCUGAAAUGCUAAACAUCAUAGGCUCUCGUCAUGCUACUCAUAUACCAGGAAUGAUAUUACCUUGUGACAUAACAAAAGCGCUUAUGAAGAAGGUUCAGGAAGAUAUAUCUAAGAGAUUUUCGAAGAUAGCCUCUGUAAUGGUAGAGGAUGUGAAAGCAAACGAAAAGGAGAAAAAGAGCAUGAAAGCAACAAGCAAGAUGAAUAGCAAGGCAAGUGAGGUUGAAAUAAAGAGUGGGCCACCCGAGGAAGUUUCCAAGGACUCAGAGAUGGUUGACGAAGUAAAUGCAAUCGUUGUUCCGGAUUCAGACUUUCACAACUUUGAUCUGGACCGAUCUGAAAACUCAUUUGAAGACGAUCAGAUUUGGGCUGCUUAUGACGAUGAUGAUGGAAUGCCUCGGUUUUAUGCCCGCAUCCAAAAGGUGAUUUCUUUGAAUCCCUUUAAGAUGAGAAUCAGCUGGCUUAACACCAAAAGCUGCAGAGAGUUUGGUCCUAUAGACUGGGUAGGCUCUGGUUUUGCUAAAUCAUGUGGGGAUUUUAGGUCAGGGAGGUAUGAGUCAACGGAUACACUAAACGCCUUCUCACAUAAAGUUGAUUUCACCAAAGGUGCAAAAGGACUCCUUCGUAUUCUCCCCAAAAAGGGACAAGUUUGGGCAUUGUAUCGAAACUGGUCCUCUGAGUGGGACAAGGAUACCCCUGAUGAAGUCAUACACAAGUACGACAUGGUGGAAGUUCUUGAUGACUACACUCACGACAAGCAAAAUGUUACCGUGACUCUCUUACUUAAAGCUGAAGGAUUCAGGGCGGUUUUCCGCAGGAGCACAGAUCAGAAGGAUGUGAGAAAGAUUGCAAAGGAAGAAAUGUUUAGGUUCUCUCACCAAGUGCCUCACUACAUUCUCACAGGGGAAGAAGCUGAUAAUGUACCAGAGGGUUGUCUGGAACUAGACCCGGCUGCAACUCCUUGUGAAUUAUAUAAGUGGUCGCACCAUUAAUGCUCCCCUUCCUUGUUGGCUAUUUUUUCCUUGGAUACAUUGUCUACUUCAACCAGAUGGAAGAUGUGUACGAGACUACAUAUGAUACUUGCGGUCGAUUCUGGCCAUUCAUUCAUCACUCUAUCUUCGUCUCACUAAUUCUUAUGCAAGUCACCAUGGUGCGUUGAUAAUCUUGAUCGAGCUUUUUUAGUCGCUCCUUGGCUUCUUCAACUGCUGCCUGCACAAUAGAGUCAACGCAGGGUGAUACCUCGCUGCAGUAAAGUUCCUGUGAAGUCUCUUUAGUAUAGUUGCCUCCAAUACUAACAACAUUAUUGGAUAUUUUGCUGGCAUUGUUGAGCAGAGUAGUAAUCUCCUUGCCUCUGGCUUUGAUAUUUUCAAAAGCUUCUCUUAACUCUUGAGUCUUAUAAUUUAAUUAGCAAAAAUGUUUUAUAUAAAAAGUCUUGUUUUCUUGUGUUAUUUAUAUAAAUCAAUUAU